AUGAAUUAAAGUUAUUUACUCUAAUUAUUUACCCAACCAAUUGCAGAUGGAUUGUCAAUUGUUGAAUUAGAUCAAUUAUUGGAUUACAUUGCCAAAUUGUAUUCUAAUUUAGAAAAUUAAUAAUCUGUAGAUUUAUACAUGGAAAACAAUUUCUCAAUCAAGUUAAUUAUGAUAAUUAGAACAAUUUAUCAUUUUGAUUCAAUUAUGUAAAUGAAUACCUAGAAAUACAACUCAUUAAAGUUUAAAUAACUUGUCGUCUUUGUCACUUAAUAAGUAAAGAAACUAUCAUAAAUUACAUCAGAAUAAGAUUAAUAAAUCAUAUUUUCAUUGACUAUUCACCUUGGAAUUAAAUAUUUCAAAACUCAUCAUAAACUUAUUUCCCAUCUUAUAGAGAUGAUUUUUGAAGCAUUUUAAGAAAAAAAUGAAUUGUUUGAUUUUCUAUUGCAAUAAAUGUCACAAUCCUUAGCCACACCUCAUUAAUAAAUGUCUAAUUCUAUUCUUCCUAUAUUAUUUAUCUUGGAUUAGUUACUAAGAUUUUUAUUUAAUAUAAGAAUUUUGGAUCAAUAACUUUCAAUUAUUGUUGAAUAAAUAUUUCAAUAAUUCUAAUAUCUUGAUUACACAAAUAUUGAUGUUCAUGUUGGAAAAACAAUAAGCAAUAUAAUUUUGUUAUGUAUAUAAAAAUACAAUUAUUAUUAACAAGAAAAAUUAUUAAUAUUAUCCUAAGAUCAAAAUUUAUUAAAAUUUAUUCAACAUUAUUUGUUAUUGGAUCAUCAUAUUACAUCAAACUUAGUCAAAUCCUUAUCUAUAUUAAUCAAAAAUUAAUCAUAAGUUCAAUUAUAACUAAAAUUUGAUACACUUUAAAUUCCAUAUUUAGCUUAAUUAACUAAUUAAAUUUUACCUCUACUAAUAUAAUCAUUUUUACAAACUAAAUUUGAUCAUUAAACUUCUUUAUCAGUUUUACAAUUUGUAAAUGAAUGUUUAAAUUACUCUUUUUCAUAUGACUUCUUUUAAAAUAAUCAAUAAUAACUUGUAUUUAAUGUUAUUUUAGAAAACUUGUUAUUCAAUGAAGAAGAAAAUGCUAAUUUUUAUGAAAACACUUCAGAUUUUUACGAGUAUCUCUAAACCAUAAUUAAAUUAGAUGUAAAAAAUAUUAAUUUAUUUAGAAUGAUUCAAUAAAGAGCUUGAUUGCCCAAAUUUUGGAUAAGCUUUCCAAAAAUAUUGAUGGAUUUAUUAAAACUUAUUAUGAUUUAUCAUAUGAAUUGUUGCUAUUUCAUUUCGAAGUGAUUCAAGAAACAACUUUAUGUAGUAAAUUAAAAUAGGAAAUUAUUUCAUGUAACUUUUUCACAUGUUCACCUGAAUUAAGAUAUAAUGCAAUUUUACUAUCAUUUUGUAUUCUUAAUAAAUAACUUACAUCAAGAAGAGAUAUUAGAUAAAGUAUAGAAUACUUUUUAAAAUAUAACUUAAAAUAUAUGAAAAAAAAGGCUGAUGCCCUUGGUAAAUGUUUGGGUAUGGAGUUUAUUAAGAUUAUCUUGCCAUCAAUAUUUUCUAAUUCUGAAAAAUCCUUUUAAAAAUGUAUUAAAUUCUGCUUUUUAAUUUUAAAUUAAAAUAAACAGAAAAGAAGUGUAAAGUUAUUUGCUGUUAAAUGCCUUACUGAACUUAUUUAAAAUUAAGAAGUUUCAAAUAAGAUGGAAGACUCUAUUGCAUUUUAGCAUUUCUAAUUUUGUGAUUAAUUAGCUCUAUCUGAUCUUGAUUUAUUUUAUGAGUUUGCAUAAAUAGUGAUUCAAAAUUGCAAUUUAAUUGUAGAUACUUACCUUGAUGAUAUAAUGAAAUCUCUUGCAAGAAGGAUUGAUUUUGGUUGUAAAAAAAUAAAAUUGAAUCAAACUUAAUAUAUUAAUCACACUACUAUUGUAUUUAGUUGCUUAAAGAUUAUUGAUACAAUUUUAUCCUAAACUUAUACUUUAAAAUAUACUGUAAUUAUUUUAUUAUAGUUUUUAGGCCUAAAUAGAACCAACCUUAAUUUAAAUUUUAAAUAAUUUGUUACAACCUGAAAAUUUAUAAUUUUUAGAUGAAAUUUUUGACGCUAGUUCUAAAUUCAUUGCAUUUACAAAAGGAUUAACAUAAACUAUUUAUAUUAUAUUUGACAGUUUGCCUGCAAUUGUAGAAAAAGAAGGAAAAUUAACUGUCGAAAGUGUUUUUAAGCUUUUUUUACAAAGCACAGUUCAUGCUUCUGAAAUAGUUAAAUCUAAACCAUAAUGGAUAUCAAUUGUAAUUAUUAUGUCUUAAUUAUUAGAUGUUAAAGUUUCUUUAUACAGAACUUUAAAAAUAUAAUUCUAUUGAAGAUAUUAUUAGAAUUUCUAUAUUAGUUCAAUUAUUCUACCAAUAUUACAAUUUAGAUGAAUGUUAUUUGUUGUUUACAGAAUAAUUUUAUAAUAUUCUUUCUAUUUAAUUAUAAGCGAAAGAAAUAUUACCGAAAACAUUUAUUUCAAUUUUUAUGCCAGUUAUUAUGGAUAAUUCUAAAUUAUUAAAUGCCAUUAUAAGAUAAAUCAUUAUUAAUACUAGUGGCUAUCUGAAUUUGACAUUUGGAAAAGCUUUAACUGUCUAUAAUUAUAAAUUUUAUUUUAUAAUUAUCCACUUUUUAAUUUUAAACUCUCAUUUACUUUAUGAGGAAUAACAUAGAUAAUAAUUAAUUGAAUAAUUAUUUAAUAGUUUUCUAAAUAAAUAUGCUGCUUAUAUAGAGAAAAUUUCUUUUCAUUAAAAAAUUGGAAACACAAAUUUUGCAUAAUAGGUAAAAUAUAUAACAAUUAUUUAGGUAUAAAAAACAAUUCCAAAUUUUGAUUUAGAAUAUUAGGACAAUUAAUUAGAAUAACAUUUGAAAGAGAUGUCAAAUUAUAAAAAGGAGAAUUAGAUUGAAAAACCCAAUAGUAUAGAUCUUGAAUCGACUCGAAUAAUGUCAUAAGCGUAAUAAAUUUAGAUAGUUUAAAACAUUUUAUAAUAUUUAAAAAUAAACUAUCCAUCAAUAUUAUCAUAGCUAACUGAAGCAGAUCACUUAUUAUUGAACUAAAUCUUAUAAUUUUAAGAAGUUGAUGGUAACAAUUAGAUAGGAGUUAGAUAGAUAAUGAAUGUUAAAAAAUUGCAAAGAAAAUCUUAAAAUUUGAAAUAGUACAAUGUUAUGUGA